AAAAAAAAUGGCGCUUUCUUUCACUUUUCAUAAUUUUACCUCUCUCCCUCCAACUCUCUCACUAGUCACUACAAAUCUCCCAUUCCCCUCUCCCCAAUCUCACCUCCACAACUCAUCUCUUGCUUCUCUUUCUCUCUCUCUCUCUCUCUCUACCCAAUCAGAGAGCGAAAUUGAAAAGCGAGAGCGCUGGGUAUUUUCCCCAAUGGCGACGGAGCAGCCCUUAGCCCAGUGCGUCCGCAUCACCAGAGCAGCCGUGAAGAGGUCGGCGGCCGGGGCCGAUGCCGAGCUUCCGGUGGCGAAGAAGAAGCGCGCCGUUUUGGGUGAGAUUACCAACUUGUCCGAAACCAUUUCCUCUGCGGAUCCGAUCAAGCCUGGAAAGCCCAGGCCUGCCGCGAAGACGAAGAAAGUCAAGAAGGCGGUUUCCAAGUCUGAUUCCGAUGAGAAGCCGCAUGUCCAUACGACGUCGGAUGAUCCCCAAAUGUGCGGGCCUUACGUCUCCGACAUUUAUGAGUAUCUUCAUAAGAUGGAGGCGGAGACGAAGAGAAGACCUUUGCCGGAUUAUCUCGAGAAGGUUCAGAAAGAUGUUACUGCAAACAUGAGAGGAGUACUGGUGGAUUGGUUGGUGGAGGUUGCGGAGGAGUACAAGCUUUGUUCCGACUCUCUUUUUCUUUCCAUUUCUUAUAUCGAUCGAUUUCUUUCUUUGAAUGCCGUCACUAGACAGAGGAUUCAAUUGCUAGGCGUUUCUUCCAUGCUCAUUGCAUCAAAAUAUGAAGAAAUCACCCCUCCAAAUGUGGAAGACUUCUGUUACAUCACUGAUAAUACAUACACAAAGGAAGAGGUUGUUAAGAUGGAAGCUGACAUACUUAAAUCCCUUAAGUUUGAAAUGGGAAAUCCUACAGCAAAAACAUUUCUAAGAAGAUUCAUUGAUGUAGCUCAAGGAAGCUACAAGGCUAGUAGUGCGCAGUUAGAGUUCUUGGGAGAUUGCCUUGCGGAGUUCAGUUUGUUGGAUUACAGUUGUGUUAAAUUCUUGCCUUCUCUGGUGGCUGCAUCUGUUGUAUUUCUUGCAAAUUUCAUUCUCCGUCCAAAUAGGCAUCCUUGGAGUUCAGCUCUCCAGGAAUACUCAGGAUAUAAGCCAGCAGAUUUGAGGGAAUGCGUUCUUCUAAUCCUUGACUUGUAUUUGAGUAGAAGAGGAGGGAGCCUUCAUGCCAUAAGAGAAAAAUACAAGAAUCAUAAGUUAAAAUGCGUGUCAAAUGUGGCUUCUCCUCCAGAGAUACCCGCUUCUUAUUUUGAAGACGUUAAUUAGUUACUAUCAGCAAGUAACAUUAUCCUGGAUUCAUGGCUUUUCUCGUAUGGCAAUUCAGAGAGACUCAAAGAUCACACUGGAAAUUUUUGAAUGUCAGUUUUUGGAUGACAUUACAAGGAUGGUAGGCAUUGGACAGUUAGCCUUUGAACCGGAACCAUGAAUGAAGAACUUGUGUAGAGGGGGUUGAUCAGAAGAAUGCUAUCAGUUGAACAUAGUCAAUCUGGUGCUGAUGGAAGUUGGAAAAUGGAAACCGAGCAAGCUGCUUUGGCUGUGUUGCCACACAAGUUUGAAAGGCUAAUAACUGAAAUCGGUAGAGAAAAGGUCUUUGAAGAGUAACUUAUGUAGUGUGCCCAAUGUCGGUAGAGAAAAGGAGGGUCAAUGGAAUUACGGAAUACACUCAGAUAAUCUGUUUUUACGUAGAAGCUUACAAACUUUUAAAUGUAUGAA